GGGGCGGAAAGAAGGCGCUCCACGUCGACGGGCCUGAGGGGACGAAGGGGCGGCCUCCUUUCCCCCCUCCCCCGUCGGGCAUGGGGGGAGGCCCCGCUGAGGCCCUCCUUCUUCUCCUCCUCCUCCUCGCGAUGGCCAGGCCUCGGGCGUUGCUGGCGGCUCGGGCCGCCCUUCUUCUCCUCCUCCUCAUCGCCCGUCCGUGAUCAACAUGUCGGCGGACCGCUUCCUCUCAGCAGCAGCCGCCGCCUCAGCCGCCCCGCCGCCCGCCAAGAACGGGUCCGGCUGGGUCCCGGCGGCGGGGGAGUCCCCGGACGGCCCCCCUCAGCCGUCGGAGGAGCAGGAGCCGCCGCCGCCUCCGUUCCCCGCGCCGUUCCGGCGCCGCCGCCACACCAUGGACAAGGACCGGCGCGGGGCGGCCCAGCCGGAGCAUCGCUUCUUCCGCCGGAGCGUCAUCUGCGACUCCAACACCACCGCCCUGGAGCUGCCCGGAUUGCCCCGGGCCGCCCCGACGGCCCGCCCGCCGCCGCCGUCCUCGUCGUCGUCGUCCUCGUCGUCCCCGCCCAACAGGGCCCCCGCCGGGGGCAGCCCGGCGGGCUCCCGGGAGGCGGAGGAGCGCAGCCGGCGGCAGCAGGACGACACCGAGGAGCUGGAGACCAAGGCGGUGGGCUUCUCCAACGACGGCCGCUUCCUCAAGUUCGACAUCGAGAUCGGGCGAGGCUCCUUCAAGACCGUCUACCGGGGGCUGGACACCGAGACCACCGUGGAGGUGGCCUGGUGCGAGCUGCAGGAUCGGAAGUUGACCAAGUCAGAGCGACAGAGAUUUAAAGAGGAGGCUGAAAUGCUGAAGGGGCUUCAGCACCCCAAUAUUGUUCGAUUCUACGAUUCCUGGGAGUCUACAGUAAAAGGGAAGAAGUGUAUCGUUCUGGUGACUGAACUGAUGACAUCCGGAACCCUUAAAACGUACUUGAAGCGGUUUAAAGUGAUGAAGAUCAAAGUCCUGCGCAGUUGGUGCCGGCAGAUCCUGAAAGGGCUGCAGUUCCUUCACACGCGUACCCCGCCCAUCAUCCAUCGGGACCUCAAGUGCGACAACAUCUUCAUCACCGGACCUACCGGUUCCGUCAAGAUUGGCGACCUUGGCCUGGCCACCCUCAAGAGGGCAUCUUUUGCCAAGAGCGUGAUAGGUACCCCAGAGUUCAUGGCCCCUGAGAUGUAUGAGGAGAAAUAUGAUGAAUCCGUUGACGUUUAUGCUUUCGGGAUGUGCAUGCUUGAGAUGGCCACAUCUGAAUACCCUUAUUCGGAGUGUCAGAAUGCCGCCCAGAUCUACAGGAGAGUAACCAGCGGGGUGAAGCCAGCCAGCUUUGACAAAGUAGCGAUUCCCGAAGUGAAGGAAAUCAUCGAAGGAUGCAUCCGUCAAAACAAAGACGAAAGAUACGCUAUCAAGGACCUUUUGAACCACGCCUUCUUCCAGGAGGAGACGGGUGUGCGGGUGGAACUAGCAGAAGAAGAUGACGGGGAGAAGAUUGCCAUUAAACUGUGGUUACGCAUUGAAGACAUUAAGAAGCUGAAGGGCAAAUAUAAAGACAAUGAGGCUAUCGAGUUUUCCUUUGACUUGGAGAGAGAUGUCCCGGAAGAUGUAGCCCAAGAAAUGGUGGAGUCAGGUUACGUCUGUGAAGGAGACCACAAGACCAUGGCCAAAGCCAUCAAGGACCGGGUAUCACUGAUCAAGCGGAAACGGGAGCAGAGGCAGCUGGUCCGGGAGGAGCAGGAGAAGAGGAAGCAGGAAGAGAUCACUCUGAAAGGGCAAGGGGAGCCCCAGGGAGGGCUCUCCCAGGCAGGGAGCAAGCCUCUCCCCCCUGCCACCGGCCCGGGCCCCGGCCCCGGCCCCACCACGACUUCCACGUCCGCUUCCGUUUCCACCCAAGUGGAGCCGGAAGAACCCGAGGCGGAUCAGCAUCAACAACUACAGUACCAGCAGCCCAGCGUAUCCAUCUUGUCUGACAGGACGGUGGACAGUGGCCAAGGCUCUUCGGUGUACACGGAGUCGCGAGUGAGCAGCCAGCAGACGGUGUCGUUUGGUUCCCAGCACGAACAGGGGCUGUCGGCGAGCGGACCCCCGCCUCCUGGGUACACCCCGUCAGGGGGUCAAGCACCGCCCCAGCCGCACGGAGGUUACCCACCGUCCUCAGUGCCUCAGUCCGUGGUGCUCCCCUAUGGGGUGACCUCGACACCCCCAGACUCCCAGCUCGGUUUCCCCGCCAUUCGCGAGCGUCCAGUCUCUUUCUCGCCACCUCCCAGCUGCCCGCCGAAGGUGGCCAUUUCCCAGCGACGCAAGAGCACCUCCUUCCUGGAAGCCCAGGCCCGCCACUUCCCGGCCCCGGCGGGACCGAGCCUCCUCCUCCCCCCGGGCCCCUGGACCCCCGAGGCCGCAGAGCCCCCCGAGGCGCCGGCCCUGGCUUACGCCGACCGCAGACUGGGGCCCCCAACGUGGGAGGAGGCCCACUACCGGCUCCCGCAGGAGGCGGUGUAUCUCACCGGGCUGCGCUUCCCGGCCCAGGUGGCAGAGCUGUACGAGACCCCCGGCCCCCUGGGCUGGGGCCCUCCCGACCAGAGCCCAGCCCUCGGGGGGCCCCCCGCCGGCUCCGUGUUCGAAUUCCCGGUGGGGCAGGCCUUCCUGGUGGGACACCUUCAGAGCCUGAGGCUGGAGCCCGGGGGGAGCCCAGGGUCUCCCGGGCCCGGGGGGUCCGCGCCCCCGAUGGCCGACGCUGCCCGUGUGAAACUCCACCCCGUCUUCGUCCCCCACUCGGCGCCCGCCGUGCUGACCCACAGUGGGGAGGGCCGGACCAGCUGCGUGUUCGAGUUCCACGUGCAUCCCCCGGCGGGGGCCGCCCCUGGAGACGGAGGCGGGGCCGCGGCCCAGAGGGUCUACCGGAGCCGCUGGGGCUCCGCGGAACUGGGACAGGAGGAGCCGGCGGGGGCCCUCGGCCGCCUUCAGCCCGUGACGGAGGAGCAACAGCAGCAGCAAGGCUACCCCGGCCGGCCCCUAGGGAGCCCCGAGUACUCCAGCGACUCCUCCCAGAUGACCUCCUCCGACACCGGGGACUAUCAGUCGCCCCCGCCCUCCGGAGGGCCGUCGGCCCCGUUCUUCCCCGACUGCCCGGUGCCUUACAUCCACCUGCCUCCGGCCCUGUUGCAGGAAUCCCCGCUUUUCGUCUGUUUCCCCCAGGGAGCCACGGCACAGCAGGCCUUGUCUUCCUCAUUCCCAUCGGCGGGAGGAUCUGCGUUCUACCCUCAGGUUACAGGACCCUCUCUUCUGGGAUGCCUCCUCCCCCACCCCUCAACCCGCUCCCACGCCCCUCCUGGUUCUCCCUGGAAUAAGUUGCCCCCUGUUAUCGGGAAUGGGUCCCGGCCGGUCGAUGGCUGCCACGAUAGGUGGAAAAUGAUUUUGUUUGUCAAGUACCCAGAAAUGGUACAUAUGGUCCACACCCGAGCGGCAGAUUCCUCCCUGCCCAGUCCCCGCCUCGCCCAGGGCCAGAGUCAGGGCCAGCCAGCUGCAGGUGGCCUACCGGGCAUCCCCAUCUCCCAAACCACCACCCAGCAUGCUCCACAGCCACAGGGAGUUCAACAGGCAGUGCCCCCUCCUCCCCAAACGGGACAGUACCCGCUGCAGCAACAACCGGCGUCCAGUACAGCCCCCACGGUGCAGCCCGGGCCUCAAUCCCAGGGGCCGCAGACGUCGGCCGGGAAUCAGCUUCCUGUUUCCCAGCCAGUACCAACCAUCCAAGGCGAUCCUCAGAUACCAGUUGCCGCGCCCGCCCUCCCCCACCCCUCAGUGGCCCCCGGCCUCCCCGGGACGCACUUCCUCCCCUUGGGGCAACCCCUCCCGGCUCCCUUAGCCCCCCAGUUCUCCGUGCCUCAACUGCCGCUACCGGUGCCUCAGGUGGCCGCGGCCCAGACGGGGUUUUCCCCGCUGCCCGGGCCCGCGACAGCCGGGAUUCACCAGCCCCUACUCCAGCUGGCCCCGUCCGCGGCCGCUGGGCCUGUGGGCUCAACAGUGGUCCCUAGCCACGUGCCCACCCUCCUACAGCCCGGGAUGCAGCUGCCGAGCCAGGCAAUCCCCCAGCUCCUGCAGCCCGUGGGAAUUCCGGCCCACCCCGGGCAAGCUGCCAAGGCACCUCUUCCCCCUGGAGAUUCUCUGUAUCAGGGCUUUUCGCCUCGACUGCCGCCUCAAUACCCCAGAGACGCUAACGCCGCUCCCUCCCCGUCCGGGGCUUCUGUGUGCGUCCCUUCCGCCGUCCUCUCCCCUCCUUUACCCCCCGAGGCCGGGGCCCCUCCUGGCUACCUUUCCUCCGGGGUGCAGCCUUACGUGGACGCAAACCUCUCGGCCCCCCUGGGCAGCCUAGGAGGGCAGGGACAAGUGCCCCAGCCAGCACUGAGCCUAGCAACACCAACCCCUACUCCAUCCCCCCAGCAAGCAACCUCGGAGAGCGUUCCAGUCCUCCCCCAGCCCGCGCCUCCGGAGGCAGCUGCGGUCACCCAGGCGCAGCCCGCCCCGACCACCACGCUGGUCUCCUCUAUAGACAGCGCACAUUCAGACGUCGCUUCCGGGAUGAGCGAUGGCAAUGAGAACGUCCCGUCAACCAGUGGAAGACACGAAGGGAGGACCGCCAAGCGCCACUACCGGCGGUCCGUCCGGAGCCGUUCGCGCCACGAGAAGACCGCGCGGCCCAAGCUAAGGAUUCUCAAUGUUUCCAACAAAGGAGACCGGGUGGUGGAGUGCCAGCUGGAGACGCACAAUCGGAAAAUGGUCACUUUCAAAUUUGACCUGGACGGCGAUAACCCCGAGGAGAUCGCAUCCAUCAUGGUGAACAACGAUUUCAUCCUGGCCACGGAGAGGGACUCGUUCGUGGAUCAGGUCCGAGAAAUCAUCGAGAAAGCCGACGAGAUGCUCAGCGAAGACGUCAGCGCGGAACCAGAGGGGGAGCAGGGUCUGGAGGGCCUGCAGGGAAAGGAUGAUUAUGGCUUCUCAGCCUCCCAGAAAUUGGAGGGAGAAUUCAAACAGCCAAAUCAGACAUCGUCCAUGCCCCAGCGGAUAGGCGUCCCGGCCAACUCUUUCACCCAAGUUGUCCAUUCCGCGGGAAGGCGGUUCAUCGUCAGCCCCGUGCCCGAGAGUCGGUUACGAGAACCCAAGUGUUUCACGAUGGCGGGAGUGGCGCCCGGCGAAGCCUCCGACCUGGUUGCUGCUUCUUCAUCCCACGGCCCCGGGAUGAACCUGUCUCACUCGGCUUCGUCCCUCAGCCUGCAGCAGGCUUUUUCGGAGCUCCGCCAUGGCCAGCUGGCGGAGGGACCCAGCACCGCUCCCCCAAACUUUAGCCUGGCCGGGCCGGCCUUCCCAGUCGUGACCAGCGCGGCCGGGGCCCCGCCUCCAGGGGUGGCGGUCUCCGUGCCUCCGGCCUCCGGCCCCACGACCGGCAGUCCAUUCGGCGGGAUUCCAGUGCCGAUCAUCCAGUCCGUGGUCACGGUGCCCGCCGAGAAGGGGGCGACCGGAGCGGCCCCCGUCGCUCUCGCUGGGCCGCCGCCGCCGGUCACUAGCGUGGCCACCUCUGUCGGGGUCUCCGACGUGGCCCCGUUACCCUCCGGGUCCAAGGCGAUUGCGACGGCCCCACCCGGGGGAACGGUCCCCGCCCCGUUGGCGCCUCCCGGAGCGGGCGGCGCUCCUGCCCCGACAGCCGUCCCCCAGGCCGUGACGUCUCAGCCCGUCCAGCCGGCCGUGGGCGGAGCCCCCGCCGCGCCCCCCGGCCCGAGCCUGGCCGCCCAGCCCCCGGCUCUGCUCAGCAACAGCUGCUCGGCCCCAAGCCUGGCGGAGACGGUGGUGGUCAGCGCCCUGCACCCCCGGCCCGAGUGCGCCCACUCACUGGACAGGGCUCCGGCCGGCCCCGGAGUGGGAUUAUCCCUGUCUUUCUCGGCUCCGUCCUCCUCCGCGGGGGCGUUGGGCGUCCACCCGCUGCUCAUCUCCACGGCCGUGGCCUCCACCCCCAUCCUGCCCCAGGCGGCCGGAGCCCUGCCCACGCCUCCGUCGGCCCAGGGCCUGCUCACCGGCCUCCCGCCCCUGGCGCAGCCCGUGGCCAGCGUGCCGGCCGUGCAGCAGACUCUGGUCCACGGUCAGCCCCAGCCGGCCCCGCUCCCCAACCAGCCGCACAGCCACCCCGAGAUGGAUCCCGAAGCCCAGCCUAAAGCCCCGGGAAUCGACGACAUUAAGACCCUGGAGGAAAAACUGCGCUCCCUCUUCAGCGAGCACGGCUCGGCCGGCGCCCCGCACGCCCCCGUCUCCCUGGAGACGUCCCUGGUCAUGGAGACCCCCGUGCCGCCCGGCGUGCCCACCACCGCCAUCGCCCCCAGCAAGCUCCUAACCUCCACCACGAGCACCUGCCUGCCGCCCGCCAGCCUGCCUCUGGGACCGACCGGCCUCCCGGGGGUCACGCCCGCCGCCUCGCCCGGCCAGGCCGCCACUCCCAUCGGCUACGCCCCGGCGCCGGUCAGCCUAGCGGCGGGGCCCAAGCCGGGCACGCCACCCUCGAAGCCACCCCUCACCAGGGUCCCGGUGCUGCCAGUAGGUACCGAACCUCCAGCUGGUACCCCACCCAGCGAGCAGUUGCCGCCUUUUCCGGGACCUUCACUAACUCAGUCCCAGCAGCCUCUGGAAGAUCUGGAUGCUCAGUUGAGACGAACCCUCAGUCCGGAGACCGUCCCGGUGGCCCCCAGUCCUGUGGCGCAGCCCACACCAGCGGUGACUUCAGCGCCGGCCCCCGUGGCCGUCCAGACAGCAACGCCACCUCAGAGAGACGCUGUCUCAGCCGUUCCCGGCCCGGAGAAAAGCGGCAGCGGCACUGAAGGCACCGGUACGGGGGUCGGAGUCCUCAAGAUGGGCCGGUUUCAGGUCUCCGUGGCGGCGGACGACAGCCUGGCACCGGACGAGAACAAGUCGGAAGAAGCCAAGUCUGUGCACUUCGAGUCCAGCACGUCCGAGUCCUCCGUCCUGUCCAGCGGCAGCAGCGGCGGCGGCGGCAGCAGCCCGGAGAGUACCCUGAUGAAGCAGGGACCAGGCCGGACGGCCCGGGGAGACAUCGUGGACGGUCCCGCCGGCCAACAGUCGCCGCCGGACGCCGGGCAGCUCACCAAGGUCGGUCGCUUCCAGGUGACGCCCACCGCGGACCACCGAGUGGGCCGCUUCUCGGUGUCGAGGACUCAGGCCGGGGAGCGAGAGCCCCCGGGGACGCCCCCGGCCGUGGAUGGGGAGCCAACCGCCCCGACCGCCAAGAGGGCGCCGCCGGACCCGGCCCACCUGAACGGGCCAUCUUCGGACCUGGAGGCGGCCUUCCUGGCCCGGGGGCUGGGCGAGGAUUCGGAGAGCCCGCGCUCGCCCCGCCAGCUGGGCUCCAAGGGCGGCCUCCCCAUCCCGGGCCUCAGCCAGAGCCUGACCAAUUCGCUCAACUCGUCGUACAUGAGCAGCGACAACGAGUCCGACAUCGAGGACGAAGACUUGAGAUCGGAGCUGCGCCGGCUCAGGGAGAAGCACCUUAAAGAGAUCCAGGACCUGCAGAGCCGGCAGAAGCAGGAAAUCGAGUGCCUGUACACCAAGCUGGGCAAGGUUCCGCCCGCGGUCAUCAUCCCCCCGGCCGCCCCGCUGUCGGGCCGCAGGCGGAGGCCCACCAAGGGCAAAGGCAGCAAGUCGAGCCGUAGCAGCUCCCUGGGGAACAAGAGCCCUCAGCUGUCCGGCCAGCUGUCUGCCCAGAGUGCAACGUCAGUCUUGCACCCCCAGCAGCAGGCCCUCCACCCUCCCGGCAGCGUCCCAGAGACGGGGCAGAACCAGCUGCUCCAGCCCCUAAAACCGUCUCCCUCCAGCGACAACCUCUGUUCCGCCUUCACCAGUGAUGGUGCCAUUUCGGUGCCAAGCCUUUCUGCUCCAGGCCAAGGGACCAGCAGCACCAACACGGUCGGGGGAACGGCCCCCAGCCAGGCCCCGCCGACCCAGGCCCCGCCCGCCAACGCCACGUCCGCCAACGCCGCCACCGCCAGCCGCAAGGGCACUUUCACCGACGACCUGCAUAAGCUGGUGGACAACUGGGCCCGCGACGCCAUGAACCUGUCCGGCCGCAGGGGCAGCAAGGGGCACACCGGCUACGAGGGCCCGGGCAUGGCGAGGAAGUUCUCGGCGCCAGGUCAGCUCUGCAUCUCCAACCUGGGCGGCUCGGCCCCCAUCUGCACCGCGGCAGCUACCUCUCUGGGCCACUUCGCCAAGGCCAUGGGCCCCCCGGCGCCGGCGCCGCCGCAGUACGGCUUCCCGGGGGCCCCCUUCAGCGCCCAGUGGAGCGGGCCCGGGGGCCCCCCGGCCCAGCCGCCCCUCAGCCAGUACCAGCCCGUGGGGACCACCUCCUUGCAGAGUUUCAACAUCAGCAACCUGCAGAAAUCCAUCAGCAACCCCCCCGGCUCCAACCUGCGGACCACCUAGCCCGGCCUCGGGGCCCCGCCGGGCCCGGGGAGCGGAGGGGUGGGGGGGCGACGGCCGGCUGGACGGCCGGACUCCGCCUCCGCUCAGCAGGGGGGAGCGUCGGCGGUUCCCACCGAGGGGCGACCCCGUUCCGGGGUGGGGAUGGAAAGGGGGCGGGAGAGGGGGAGAGAGGGGGCGACCCUCCCUGCCCCCCCCCCGUGCCAGGGGUGCCCCUGCUGUCCAUCCCUACCCUUGAGGCCCCGAAUGGGCAAAGCUUAGCCCCAGCAUGAGGCUUCUGAUCUCCCUUCUCCCCUUCCCCCCGCCCCCCUCCGGCCCUGUCGCCAGCCCCCUCCGCUCCCCGAGCAUCUCGGGGGGGCCCGGUGUUGGACCCGAGCGGCGGGGCGGGCGGGCUGCGGGUCAGGGGAUCCGGGGGAGGGGAGGCGGAGCGCUGCAGCCUCGCUCCAGAUAGGUCAUUACCGCUUUAAGGAAAAGAUAUUUACGGCUUCGACAGCAGCGUUAGCAAUUGAAACCGUUCUCGGAAAUCCGUCGACUUUCCCCGCAGACGUCCCUGCCUUGGCCUUGGGUUUUGAUGGCGUGGAAGCACUGUGACGUAGAAAUGUCGCCGGACAACAGUAGUCGGGACGAGGGGUGGCUUAGAAAGGGUUUGAAAACGUUUCCCCCCCCACCCCCACCCCCCCAAAGCCCUUCCCGGAACCCAACCCAGAGCUAGCUCUACCGUUACACUUAUUGGAGACACUUUAACUUUUCCUUUGGUAUUUCCAUCGUAUUAGAUAAAUAAAUGUGAAUGUAAAAUUGUACAAAUUACCAAACUUGAAUACGCGUCUGUCCCCCUGCCCCUCCUCCCCUCCCUCCUCUUCCCGCCCCCCCCCCCACCCCACCCCCAGUAUUGCUUGCUGGAUAUUUUAGUGCCUUGAGCCCCGUUGCUUCUGCAGCUCGUGCCCCGUCCCCAGCGGCGCCCAGCCCGGCCGAGGGGCGGCAGAGCGAGGGGGAAGCCGGGGCCUUUCUGCGGCGUGAGGAGGUAGAGCCGCCCCCCAUCCAGCGGGGCCAGAGAGAGGAGU